CUGCAGUGAAAAUGAAGCGGUCACGAGCUUGCCUGUUGCUGUUCAUAUUUUAUUUUCUCCACAUUACAGAUUGUGCUACAUUCAGAUUUGCAUCUUAUUAUGCAAGCCACAUGGUUUUACAACAGAAGCCCUCGCAGGCUGUUAUUUGGGGCUUUGGAGAAGUUGGAGCUGCUGUCACAGUCUCACUUUUUAAUGGGUCUGAGACCAUUUCAAAAAAGUCUGUGCCCAUAAAUGAUGAUGCAGGUGUUUGGAAAGUACUUCUGGAUCCUGUUGAUCAUGGAGGGCCGUACUGGUUACUUGCCCAACAAAACUACCAGAAAGAUGUUACAGACUUGGCACUGCAUGACCUUUUGUUUGGUGAUGUUUGGCUUUGUGGUGGACAGAGCAAUAUGGAGAUGACUGUUUCACAGGUAUUUAAUGCUAGUAAAGAACUGGCAAAAGCUGCUGACUAUCCCACCAUUAGAUUGUUUACUGCAUCAUUAGAAACAUCUCUAAAGGAACUUGAUGACCUUGCAAAGGUAGAUUUACAGUGGUCAGUACCAACCUCUGAAAACCUUGGAAAUGGCGAGUUUACAUAUUUUUCUGCUGUUUGCUGGCUGUUUGGUCAACAUUUGUCACGCAAACUGAAGUAUCCAAUUGGAUUAGUGGAGUCUGUUUGGGGAGGAACGCCUGUUGAGGCUUGGUCCUCAAAAAGAGCACUUCAAAAAUGUGGGCUUUCUCAUCAUGCGGAAUGUGCCUCUAAAAGAUCAAUGUAUACAGAAGAAAUGGCUGGACCAUGUAACUACACAGUACUGUGGAACGCUAUGAUACACCCUUUGCUCAAUAUGACUAUUAAAGGAGCUAUUUGGUAUCAAGGUGAACAAAACACAAUCACGAACACUAACUUGUAUAACUGCACUUUCCCAGCCCUCAUAGAAGACUGGCGACUAUCUUUUUAUGAAGGCACAAAUGGGCAAACUGAUAGACACUUCCCCUUUGGCUUUGUUCAGUUAUCUACAGAUCAGAAAAGCCAGCAAAAUGAUAAUUACCCUGUCAUUAGAUGGCAUCAAACUGCUGAUUAUGGUUAUGUUCCUAAUCCAAAGAUGAACAACACAUUUAUGGCUGUUGCAAUGGAUCUUGGGGAUGAUACCUCUCCUUAUGGCUGUGUUCACCCAAGAGAUAAACAAACCGUCGCCUACCGAUUGUAUCUGGGAGCAAGAGCAAUCGCUUAUGGUGACAAAAAUGUUCAAUUUCAAGGUCCAUUUCCCACCAAAUUUGAAGUGUUUUAUAAAGAAUCCUAUGUAAACAUCACAUAUGAUCAGAAACUUCUAAUAACACAUUUAAGUGACAGCAUUUUUGAGGUGCUUUGUGACUCAACGGAUGAAACAGUGGGUGGCUGGUUUCCAGUACCAGUAACAUCAGCAUGUUCUUAUGUGGUCACUGUGUGCUUUAAAGGCUGCUCACAAAUUGCAGCAAUACGUUAUGCAUGGCAGGACUGGCCCUGUGAAUACAAAAAGUGCCCCAUUUAUAGUAUUCAGAGAAGACUGCCUGCUCCCGUCUUUGUGGAGUAUUUUAAGAAAUAAAAGCGGGGGAGAUUCAAUAGUGGCAAUCAUAAACUGAUUCAGAACAUUAUUGGUGAUACUGUUUAAAAGUCGUCAUGAUUACUCAUCCAAUGAAUAGGGCUUGUGCCAAACAAACUUUUUUACAUAUUGUUUUAAUUAAGAAAAAAAAACCUAUCUGGCAAAGACAAAUACAGAGCAGCUACAAUUUCCCUGGUCAGCUUAAUAAAUAAUAAAAAUGGGCAUUUAUUGUGAUUAAAGCAAGAAGCAAAAAGUAUGUUCAGCACAAGCCCCCACUGACCCAAAGGCACAAUAGUACAUAGUCAGUGUAUAUAAUACAUUAUAUGUUGUUUGUUAUGUCUUCUUGCUUGGGAGUAUAUGAGAUACUUGAGAGAUACAAAUUGGUGGAGUUGGAAGGUGUUAGGGUAAAAAAGACUAUGCUUGUACCAAUUAUAUCCAAUUGCAGAUCCAUGCAAAAUGACUUUGUGCCAAAUUCAAUAUUUUUUUGAAAUCUGAGCUAGUGCACUGCUUGAAUAAAAUGUUU